CGCAUUUCCAUGCAAAAUGACAGAAGCAAAAUAUUCGUUCGUCGUUGGUUGUCUUUCAGCAGCAAUAUCAGCUCCGCAUGGAUAACUUUUUCUCUAGUUCAAGUGCUCACUAAAGUGGUGAACAGCUUAUGGUUAUAAUACAAGCCCAGAAACUUUCGUGUCAAGCCGACACGUAGUACAUGAAUGGAUUCUCUCAACAUCAAAAUGGAGGUACCGGAUUUGCCACUUCCGGAUCACAUCUCGCAGUUCGGUGAGGACGGUUUGGGCAUAAUCGCAAACUCGGAAUUUCUAGCAACUGGCAAUGGCUUAUUUCUCGGCGAUGCGGAUGAUGGUGAUGAAGAGGACGAUACGAUUGUUGUGCAUAUGGAUUUGCGGGAAAAUUUGUCAACAUUGAGGGGGUUGGUGGAGCAUAGGAUUGGCGUUUCCUUGAAACACUACGAGUUUUGGUUGCAGGACACUCAGAUGUUAGAGUCGCACAAGAAUCUGGUGGAUCAGUGUGUCCAAGGAGAAGGUUUGGUACAGAUAAAUGUACAGGUGCAGACGGCAAAGCGUCGUAUCAAUAUUGCCGAUGUGCUGAAGCCUACGGAUGAAGUACUGGAAAGUUAUCAGCAGGCUCAAGAAUUAGCAGCAGCUCAAGCAGCCGUAACCGCCGCGGCUGCUGCUUCAAUUUCCAACACGGAAACAAAUUCGACUAAUCGAAGUUCGCCCGUCAAGCCGUCCACUCCUCCGACGCCCGCUUCAAAUAAUGCUAGCCUUCCUGCGGCAAAACCAGCGCAGUUGUCCACUAAGGAGGAGCAGGAAACUGCUUCUGCUGUAGCUGCAAUCAUAAAUUCUGCUAAUGCGGAAGCGAAUGCAGAGAAAGUUGCUACGCAAACUGGCAACAGCAUCAUGUCAACAGCGAAGGCAUCUCCGAAGAUAUCCGCGGAAUCGCCUACUUUAAUCGAUGACGAUGAUGAUGAUGACGAUAUUGGUGAAAGUGGCCACUCAACUCUUCGCUGGGUAUGUGAUACGAAUUUCAAACGCGAUCAGCAGCGGUUGAAUAUUCCAGAUGAUCCAGUCGAAUGGACGGUAGCACAGGUCAAGCAUUGGAUCCAAUGGGCGGUGCGAACAUUUCAAUUGAGUAACAUAAAAUUACCGGAUUGGGCCAUCAGCGGUAAAGAGUUGUGUGAAAUGGGCCUUGCUGAGUUCAAACAAAGAGUGCCGAAUGAUCCUGGGGAUUUAUUCUGGACUCAUAUGGAGCUACUGCGAAAAUGUAAGUUUGUUGCGGUGGUUCAAAGGAGCGGUGAUGGAGAGGAAUAUGAUGAGAUGGCCAUUCUACGGAAGGUCCCUAGAAAUAGCAUGGGCAACGAAACUAGCUAUUGUGGAAAUCGCAGUGGUAAUAACGGUCAGAUUCAGUUAUGGCAAUUUUUAUUGGAAAUUCUCACUGAUAAGGAACAUCGUGGAAUAAUUCAGUGGAUAGGUAGCGAUGGUGAAUUUAAGUUGUGCAAUCCGGAACUAGUGGCACAGCUGUGGGGUGAACGCAAGAAUAAACCAACUAUGAAUUAUGAAAAGUUGUCCCGUGCUCUACGUUACUACUAUGACGGAGAUAUGAUUUCCAAGGUGCAUGGCAAGCGUUUUGUGUACAAAUUUGUAUGCGAUCUACGAGAACUGAUUGGUUAUGAUGCUUCGGAGUUGGCCACGCUUGUCAACGAAGGAAUCCCAAUCGUUAAUGAACAAUUUGACUUGAAAAGUUUCGAUCUGGAUUUUGACUGAUUUUUUUUAUAUUUCUUGUCAAAAAUUAAAUUACUCAAGUUGAUUUUUAUUAUAUUUUAUGCAAAAUAAUAUUCAGUAUAUUAAACAAGUUAUAUCAUA